AUGCACAUGUGCUGUAUCCUUACUCUGCACUUUUCUUCAAGCAGCGAUGAUGAAUUUGAAAUGUUUUUGGUUAAAAUGAAAACUCCCAAAUCCGUGGCACGUCCAGUUUCCAAAAAACAGGAUGCAAGUUUGAAGGACUUCAUCGAUGACUCGGAUGACUACUUCUUGGACCUUAAAAAGGGAAACAGCGCAACUAAGAGUGAAAGCCGUAAGCCUUCCUGUGAAGGUGCUCAGCCCUCAAAAGGGGAGGAAGACAAGAAGCCAAAGUCAAACUCCAUUUUACUUGAGGAAACACCUUCCAGGAUAACAUCUUCUGUGAGAAGUUCUGGCAGUGAAUCAGGCAGUUGCACGCCGUCAACACAGACAAAGGAAAAGUGUAAAUCGUGCUCAGUGCCUGGCUGUUUCUUGCAAGAUCUCUCAAACCCAACAUCCCAAUAUGUGAAGUAUUUCAAAAAGAAUAAAGAGGACCUGACACAGAAGCUCUACCGUCUCUAUAACAACACCAUCUUUGAGCGGAAGUUACCAGAGAAAAUGGAAAUAAACUGGAAUAAGAAAAUGAGAAAAACAGCAGGAUAUUGUGUAACUGGGCAGACAAAAAGUCCUGAAGUGCAGCGUUAUGCUCGGAUAGAACUGUCUGAGAAAGUCUGCGACUCUGCAGACCGUCUUCGAGACACCCUAAUUCAUGAGAUUUGCCAUGCAGCCACCUGGCUGAUCAACGGUGUUCGGGAUGGACAUGGACGGUUCUGGAGAUUCUAUGCCAAGAAGUCAGCCCUGAUUCAUCCGGAGCUGCCGAUGGUGACGCGAUGCCAUACCUAUGAGAUCAAGUACAAGUUCACAUAUGAGUGUGUCUCGUGCAAAAACACGAUUGGCCGCCAUUCCAAGUCUCUGGACACGGAGCGCUUUGUGUGCGCGCAGUGCGGGGGGCAGCUGGUGCUCGCUCAGAAGGACGGUGCUCCUGCCAGGACACAGCUCACGCCCUUUGCAAAGUACGUGAAAGAAAAUUAUGGGUCUGCUAAAAAGGAGCAGGGCGGGUUGAGCCACGUAGAAGUUAUGAGAAAACUCAGUGUUGACUUUGCUCUGAAAACUAGGCUUCAGGAUUCCUUGUGA